AUGGACUCUUCACCACCACAAACCCCAACCAAAACCCAACAACCUCAGUCCUUCCACCCACAAGACUCCUCCCCCGCCUGCCAAUCCGCCAUCCGCCACUCCUCCACCUGGAAGCCCAGCUCGCUCGACCGCCGCCUCAGCUGGAGCAACCAGGACCAGAAGCACGAGCUGCAGAUGAGCGGCAUUGAUGGCGUGCGGUCGGGCGAUCAGGGCUUUACGGAGAGGGGCUGA